ACGGCACGGUAGAGAAGCGGCACCCUGGGAGGGGAGGAUCCGGCUGGUGACGCCGCGGAGCCGGCAGGCAGAGGCCGCUGUGGUGCGCAGCUCUCCCGGCGCAGACCAACGCUCAUACCCUGCCUUACGAAUAAACAUGGCGAAUGACAAGGAUCCUCUGAAGCAGCUGAAAGAUCUUGCGUCUCUGAAAGACCAGCUGGAAGGCAUCCAGAAGAAGGUGGAGAACGAGGUGCAGGCAGGAAUCCCCCAGGGUGGCAGUCUGCUGCAGUCGCCGUUUCUCAAGGGCUUCGUGGCGGGCUACAUCGUGUCCAGGCUCCGAUCCACCGCCAUCCUGGGCGUCGUCCUGGGCACCUGCACUGGGAUGUACGUUGCGCAAAACUUCGACGUGCCCAACAUCGAGAGAACCCUGAAAGAGUACUUUCAGUCCCUCAAGAAAGGACCAAAAUGAUGUUUUCUCUGUUGGGGGAAAAAAGGAAAACGAGAAAGGCAGACAAACACGUCAUUAUGCCUGUCUGUCCUGAUGCUGGAGAAAAUCCGUCAACUGGAAUAAACCCCCCCCCGACCUCAUACACUAUGAAAAUUUAAAAAUAUAUAAUACAGGAAUGCUUUUCACUUAAAACAAAGGACAUGGUCCACUCAAAGUGGCAAACCAGACUGGCUUUAUUUUGUGUUUCUGAAUGUGGCGUGGUGUUUCACUUCCGGAUAUAUAUACGGCCAUAUUAUAUAUCUACGGCCAUAUUAUAUAUCUACGGCCAUAUUAUGUUUUGCUGGAAUUAGGUUUUCAUUGUCAUUGUGGUGUGCAGCUGCUGAUUGAGUGUUUGUUUACGGACAUUUUCUGCUUAAUGACAACCAAAACGUGCUCGUUAAGCCAUCGGGACAAUCAAGCCUGCUUGGUGCCUUUCAUCGCUCCAUCGAGAGCGGAGGGGGUGUGGUUGGGGGAGGGGGGGGGGCGGUCUUACUGCAUUUCCCGUAUGUCUAUUUGAGAGCUGAUAUAUAGGGCCUAGGUUUUGGUUCCAUCGGCAUGGGAACAGCAGAUCGCUGGAAAUGGUGAUCAAUGGGGGAAUCAAUCUCCUUUCUACCCCCCCCCCAUGCACUCCUCAGAUUAUUAAUCAUUGGCCCCUUAAUACUCCCUGGCAUUGCGGCCUCAUGCUCCUCUGGUCAAUAAGAUGCCGGCGGCAGUCUGGUCCUCGCAGAUACAAUAUUAGGGAUAAGCACUUAGCGUAAUGGAUAAAGAUGUUCGAAAGCCAGGUCUCUGUCACUGCCGGACUUGAUGCCCGUAGCAGAUUAUGCCUGUGGGACCUCCAGCCUGGAAUGGCUGUGGGAGGGGCCCAGCAGGGAUCUUCCGGCUGUUUCCGAGCAGCACCAAAGGCAUGGCCCGCGUCCCCGUCACGUUAUACCUUUGGCUGCCCGCUUUCGUCCGUCACGUUUCCGUCUGCACGCCUUUCGCUGUUUGCUCCUUGUUUUUGUAUCAUAAGCACUUUUACAUGUAUUACAGCCUAUAAAGUUGAACAGCAUUAUCUAAA